UUCGCUUUGUACAUCGGAUGUGUUCAGUAACGUCUUUCUACCGUGAUGAAAUUCUAAUUUUACUAGGAACCCCCCGACAGGUGAGAGAUCUUUAAAGAACUUUGACAAUGAAAUGUAUCUUAUUACAUAGGAACGUUACUUACUCAUCUUCAAACAAAUGUUGCACUGAUCACCAAGGAAUGGGGUGAUGGAAAAAACAAUGACUUCCAGUCCAUGGACUUAACCCUGUUGGACAACUCAAAUGAACUACCCUAACAUGCACCAAUCCUUCGAUGUUUUUUUUUUUUGUUUUCGUUAGUCACAACAAACACCACGAAAUUUAAGCGAUUAUUUUAAACAUUAAAAAUCUUCUCUUCGAAUUAUAGCGUGAUCCAAGUCGUGUUACAUUCAUUAUCGUUGACGAAGAAAGGUGAGAAAUCGAUAAUAUUAAAUGUCCUUUAGUGUAUAGAUUGACGCAGAUACAAAAUGUAUCUUCCAUGAACAUCAGAUGGCAUGGCUAUGUUUGGAAGGAGAUUCUUUUAAAGGACUUGCACUUACACAUUUUAAGCCGCAUUGUAAACACAUUUAUGGUCUAGAAGAGCAACACCUUUUUUUUUUUUUUUUUUUCUUUACUGAUUUUCUUAUUCUAAAUGAAUUUAAGAUUCAGUCAUGGUGAUUUAUUGCAAGAACGGUUUGCUUAUCAGAGGCUCUUAAGCAUUAAAAUAAGAGCUAAAAGAUAAUAGACGGUUAAUCCCUUUUACAAAAAUUCAAAUCUCUGAGUGUGUUCUUCAAAGUUGACCUCAAAAGCAUUUAAAUGGAAAUCAGCCAAUUUGUCUCAUCGGAUUUUUAAUUUAGCUAAGUUAGACAUUGCAAAACCUAAGUUUCAGUUGUGCUCUGCAGGCAUCAAGUGGUCUCCCAGAAAUUUGAAAUUAGAAGGCAGAAAUUGUAAUUUCUCUUACUGUUGCAAUACCUCAUUAAUUUAAAAGUAUCUUUUGCAACAAGUUUCAUAAUCAGUUAUCCCAUAGCAAGUUUCAGUGUCCUCUGGAACACUUUCAUGAAGACAAAGAGACUUAAUUAUAAAUAAGUAAAGUUUGUUAUUUAUAAACUGUGUGGUGUAGAAAAUGAAUUUGAGAAAAAACUCAGUGAAACCUAAUGUGUAAAACUUCUUUGAAAAUCAAGAAUUUGCAAUUAUGUUAAAUGAACAUUUAAUUCCUGUUAUUUUUCUUGGCUUAGUUUUCAUUUUCCAUCUUUUCUUAAGUUUUUCUGUUUUUUUCUAGGUCCAAUUAGCUGUAAAACCAGGUAUAUAUAUAACAGGGUGUAUAUAACAGGGUGUAAGCAAUGGCCAAAUUAAUCCAGUCAUUUGAGUGACUUUUUUUACAUAGCAUGAGACAAUUAAAUGCUGAUAUUUUUAGUAGCAGAUUGAAGUGAUGAUGCUAAGAUGACCUAAGGAGCAAAAGUUUGGGUGCAAUUGACAACAUGCUGGAUUUGUCUAAACUUUUUUUAAGGAAGCAACUUCCUGCAGGUAAAAAUGAAAAUUCUUGAAUGGGUAUUAUCUGUUGUACUAAAAUGUUGGUUAUGUGAUCUGUCUUUGAUUUAAAAAAUGGGUGUCUACUUGUGAUUCUCAGCAGUGAUUUUGCUUUUAACUUAAAGCAAAAUCACAGUUGAGAAUGACAAGUGGACACCAUUCUUUUUUUUCAAUAAAUGUAAAACUAGGGGAAGUACUCAGCAAUGAGGAGACAUAGAGUAAAAUAUGAUAACAUGUCUGACAUUGACAGUGUCAUUUUGAUUGAAAGGUUUUUUUUAAAUACUAGCGCUUAUUUGGACUCAGUUUGUGCCCAGUAGUUAGAUGGUUUCUAAAAUAGUCUGCCAAUAAUCUUUGUUGUUUUCAUUAUGCCUUUAUUUUUACUACUAACAGCUGGUAUCUUCAGUCAAAACAUAUGUAAUACCAUUGCUGCUAUGACAUACAGUCAUGUGAAUUUUAUGAGCAUUAUUGGAGGCAUUGUGGCUGAGUGGUUAGGGCACUGGACUUAAGUCUUGUGGUCCCAGGUUCAGCUCUUCACCCCAAUACUCACUGUUUUGUUUUCAGUUGCCCUAAGUUUAACUCCCAAGCUGUGCUUAUAAAAAGCUUACUGGUCUGCCCUCUGGUGAGUUGGGAUCUUUGGUUUUGCAAUGUUUAUUUACAAGCUCUACUGGGGAAGUGGUCCAUGAUUAUUAUUAUCAUUAUUAUUGUAAUUGAACUAUGAUGAUAAUGAAAAUGCUGUCAGAACAUUUUCAAGAAAUUUACCAUUAUUCAGAAUCAAUAAUUGUCUUUAAAACAGUUAACUGAUCAGGAACUAAUAUUCUUGUCUUCUCUAUUUAUACAGUCUUGUUGCAGUUGGGUGAGGGAAGCGAGUUUCUCAAGAGGAUCGCAAACUUCAGAAAGAGAAAAAGGACAUUAUUUGGUGAGUCUUGCUUCUUGGGGAGUUCUUCUACUUUGCAAAAGGGUUUCUAUUUGUUAAAAAAUUGUCCCUAUUCUGUGUGAACAUCCGCUUGAUGCUACUUUUAUUGAUGACAGAGCCCUUUCUAUUUCACCCAUACUAAUAUAAUGAUUGUUUUUUUCAUUAUUCUCUUACAAAGUAAGAAAGGAAAGGGUAGGAGUUAAAACUGUUCCCUCAUAAUAUAUUUUCAGAACAUUGGCAAUUUAUUAAAGACUAUAGAAUGGUUAUGGCACAAUUUCCAGCUGCAGACUGCGUAAGAGACAUACAGGAUGAUAGAGUGUACCAAAAAUUCAUCCAGCAUGACCCUUGUGCCAGAGCAAAGAAAGUACUUUUAAUUGUAGUUACUACUGCAGUGCACAGUUGAUAAAGUCCAAGAAGUUUAGUAUCAGUGGCCACUUAUUUGUUUUCUUGUGGAGUUACCUCCCAAGAAAGAUACAAAUUUGAAAAUAUCUUACUAACUGGACUGUGAUAUGGGAAGUCUAAACCACAUGUGCCACUAUUUUCAAAACAUUAUACCAGUAAAUUAUUCAAUAUGGCAAAUGGUAGUAAUUGUAACAAUGAAACAUGUGAACUUGUGUCAUCAGUGUGCAGAAUCCAAUCUGUUGUACCACACCUGCCUGCCAAAGCCUUGCUUUUAAAUAUCAAGCAGUACAAUGGUAAAUUUGGCUGCAGUACAUGCAAACAUCCAGGGAGGUACAGUCAUUCUGCCCGGCAUAUACAUGCAAGGCUGUAUGAAUACUGGCCUUCUGGUACUCUGGCUGUCAGAGCAGCACACAAAACCAGGAUGUUUGGGAGAAUUGGGGAGGCAAGAGGAACCACAGUGUUUGGCAUUAAAAGAGAAAAUGUGUUUUGUCAAUUGGUUGACAUUUCAGACAAUUUACCUAUUGACUGAAUGCAUUGUGUUUGCAAAGGCAUCCUGAAAAGACAGCUAUUCAAACCGUGGUUCAAUCCUCAGCAUGCUACAGAGUCAAACAGUUUGCUAGGAAUUAGUCAUGAGCUACACAAUAUGUUCCUUUCUAUCAAAGUGCCACGUGACUUUACUAGAAAGCCAUGUAGUAUUGCUGAAUUACAACACGGAAAGUAUCAGAAUUUUGUUUGUUUGCCCUCUUUGUUGGACUGCCAUGUCUUCAAUAUGCUGUACUUUCUAUCACUUUGCACUAUACUGCUCUUCAUUUCCUGUACUCAGUUCCUAUUUCCAAAUCUUGUGUAGAGGAGGUUCAAGUUUUGCUUGAUAACUUUGUGAGACUUUUACCAAGUCUUUAUGGUAUUGAAGAGUGUACAUACAACACCCAUGCUUAAUUCCACUUCUCUUUCCAAGAGUUCUUGGUCAUGGUUCCUUAGCACUUACUUCUGCUUUUUUAUUUGAAGCAUUCAUUGCUCACCUUAUAAAUCUGUUCUCUGGAACAAGGGGACUCCCAAAGCAAAUGGUGGAAAAACUAGGAGUAAGCCAAACCUACAGGGUGCUUGUUUCACAGAAAUACAAAUUCACAUCUGCUUGGUGAAAGGCCCAGUGUUUAGUAUACAGAAGGGAGAAUCCUGCUGCAUGAACCUGUGCACUUUGAGAUGCUGACACAGUUUCAAAAUGUCUUUUUUGCAGCAUUUGGAAGUGGUCCUGUCCUAGAAUACUUGGUUUCCUAUAGGAUGACAAAAGAUCAUGUCACCUUCCACAGCAUGAUGUAUCCUAGAAAUGGAAAUUUGUGCAGCUACCUUGUCCAGUUUUGUGCACAUGGGAGGAAAUGCUAUAGUAGAGUGGUCUGCUACUUCCUCUUCUAGAAUGUUGCCUAUGCAUUGAUCACAGAGUAUGGCUUGAAUGGAUUGAUUGUUGGCCUAGACCUUCCUUCACCAUAGGAUGUAGUCCUGAAGGAAAUUGUUCAUCAAAAUGUAAUUGUCAACAUUUUAUACAUUCAAGAAAGUGAAAGUCUCUUGCUUGUGAAAUGUGGUGAUGUUAUUAACAGGUGUCUUUAUGUUCAAGGCAAGGAUGGGAAAGGUUUCAUCACCUUUCUAGAAACUUCCCUUGAGCAUGAUUAGUAAUUAUUUUCAACUAGCUGUUUAGUGUCUUUCAUACUCAAUCAUCAAAUGUAAUCUGAACUAUCUGUCCAAAUUUGAUCUUUUAAUACUAUAAAUGUUAGGUUUCCUGUGCACUAGGCCCUGUCUCUGCCGAGGUUUUGUCAUUCAACACUAAGGUCAAACCUCAGUGCACAUGUGUUUUUGUUGCUUGUUAUUUUUGCCUUUAUUCUUUGGAUGAUCUUUUAACUAGACUUACAUUGAAGGAAUAGAACAUUACGGAAUCAUUAUGGAUAUUGUUGGAAUUUUUAAGGUCAUGGACUAGGACACUUGCUUGUUCGUAAGGAUUUCUCAUACGGUAUUGUAUUCAAGCAGUGUGCAGAG